CCAUUUUAAGCACAUGAAUUUUUUAAAAUUUAACCCCAGGUAGUUUCUCUGUUGCUCCCUUUCAGGUACCUCACCAGGGUGCCCCCAUGAUGCCUUGCAACAGCACUGGCCAGCCUUCUUUCUUCAUUCUUGAAGGCAUUCCUGGGAUGGAAGACAAGCACAGAUGGAUAUCUAUCCCCUUCUCCUCCAUGUACUUCAUCACUGUGGUGGGGAACUGCACCAUUCUUCUCACCAUCUCCAUGGAGCGCUCCCUGCACAAACCCAUGUUCCUGCUUCUCUUCCUGUUGGCACUCACAGACCUGGGCAUGUCUACAACCACCAUUCCUAAGGUGCUCUGCAUCUUCUGGUUUAGACAGAGUGAGAUCAGCUACAGAGGCUGUUUGGUCCAGCUGUUCUUCAUCCACUCCAUCUCAGCCAUGCAGUCAUCUGUCCUGAUGACCAUGGCCUUUGACCGUUAUGUGGCUAUCUGUAAGCCCUUGCGUUAUUCCACCAUCCUUUCCAAUCGUCACAUUGGGCUCAUUGGCCUAGCAAGCUUGGUACGAGCGAUCCUCUUUAUUCUCCCCAUGCCUGUCCUCCUCCAACAUAUGCCCUUUCGUGCCAGUCGAGUCAUCCCCACUACCUACUGUGAGCACAUGGCUGUGGUGAAGAUGGUAUGUGUGGAUACCACAGUCAACCGGAUAUACGGUCUGGUUGUGGCCUUGUUGGUGGUUGGGAUGGACAUCUCAGCUAUUGCUUCCUCCUAUGUGCUCAUCAUACGAGCUGUCAUGCGUCUCUCUUCCAAGGAGGCCCACCACAAAGCAGUCAGCACCUGCACCACACACAUCUCUGUCAUGCUCGUCUCCUACACCCCCUCUCUUUUCUCUUUUCUGACUCAUCGCUUUGGGAAAGGCAUUCCGCCUCACGUCCACACCAUUCUUGGCAACCUCUACUUCCUUGUACCGCCAAUGCUUAAUCCUAUUAUUUAUGGAGUAAAGACUAAGGAAUUCCGGGACAAAGUUACCAAAUAUUUAUGUAGGAGGAAGGAGCCUAUAAUUUUUUCUCACAGUCAAAAACUUGUUUGAUAAUCCAAUAUUUGUAUUGGGAAGCAAUGGUAAGUAUCUAGGGGAAAUUGACUAAUGGUAGGAAUAUAUUGAAAUGUCAGAUUAGCA